AUGUUUAAAAGGCUGGGACGAUUGGGUCGGUUUUACUCGACGUACCACCAUUUUGGCAACAAGACCAGUCGGACGGGCUGGACGAUUGAAUUGACGCCCAAGGGCCGCCGGAACCUGGCCAUUGGUGGGGCUGGAUUGGCCGUUGUUGUUGCCACCCAUCUAGAACAGGCCCCGGUUACCCACCGCACACGGCUGAUGCUGGCGCCGGCGUGGAUGGAAUCGUGGACCGCGGAGUCCAGCUACAAGGGGCUGAUCCAGCAGUACCAUAACGCGAUUCUGCCGCAAAACCAUCCGACCACCAUUAGAGUCAAGAAUAUCAUGACAAGACUGAUUGCCGCAGCACAGAACUUUGUGGACCCGGAAACGGGCGAGCGCACCAACCUGUUUGAGGACCUGCGCAGCCACACGCUGCCGGCAAUCGACUGGAAGAUCCACGUCAUCGACGAUGUUAAUAGAGUUUCGGGCAGACCCACGCCCAAUGCAUUUGUCAUUGGAGAUGGCAAGGUGUUUGUGUUCCGGUCGAUUUUGCAGCUGACGCAGAACGACGACGCGCUGGCGACGGUCUUGGCGCACGAGCUGGGCCAUCUUCUGGCACAUCAUAUCCGUGAACGGUUAUCUGCUGCGCCAUUGUACACGGCGGUGGCAGUGGUGUUGAACACUGUUUUUGGCACCUCCAACAUCAACCCAAUACUGUCGAAUAUUCUACUGGAAAGUCCGAACUCGCGGGCGAUGGAGACCGAGGCCGACUACAUCGGUCUGAUGGUGAUGUCGCUGGCCUGUUUCAACCCGCACGAGUCUCCAAACUUCUGGAACAGAAUGGUGCAGUACGAGAGAAAAAGCGGCCAGUACGUGCCUGAACUGAUGAGCACGCACCCAAAGAGCGAGCGUAGAAUGCAGAACAUCCGCGAUUGGACGCCCAAGGCCGAAAAACUGUACGAGAUCGCCGGCUGUGGAGAGCUGUCGGAACUGCUCGUCAAGUUGCACAAGCCGUAUCUGGAGAAGCUUUUGUCUGAACAACAAGACGACGAGAUGGACACAGACGUUCUGAGCACGCAGGCCAUGCUGGAACUGUUUCUACUCAACCUUAAACAGAUAUCCAACCAUUCGAGUUUGCUCGUGGACCAUUUUAUGUCCAAAAACCUGCUGUUGAUGGACACAAAGCCAGAUCUCAAGGCCUCUUCUGCCAAAUAUAUUUGCAUUGACAACUGUUUAAACAAACUGAUUGACAAACGCCGCCAAUUGACCAUCAUUAUCACCGCAGCCAACUCGCGCGAACUCGAUCUGAUUGAAACCAUCCUCAUUGGCAAGAAGAACCUCCAAUACUACCGGUUCAGUGGCUCUUCGGUGUACUACGACAACCACGGAUCUUUUGACUUCACCAAGCAGGAACUCCACCGGGCCAGUGUUUCUGUGCCCCAGACGGGGAAAAAACACCCCACAGAGGACUACGUGCCGCGCGUGUCCAAGAACAGCGCCGAGUUCCAGAAACUGGAGCAGCAGAAGGACAGAGUCUUGAGCAUCUAUCUGAUUCUGUCCAACCAGCUGCACAGCCUGGUCAACUUCGAGGAACUGCAGAGCGAUCUUGUGAUCUCGUUGGACUCGGAGCUCGAGCAGAAUCUCAGCAUCCCGAUCAUCAAGCCAAUCCAUUUGAACGGAGUCGAGUACUUUGACCUGGCUCUUGGUCCGCAACUGACCGGGUUCGAGCGCCAAAAGCAUCUGGCCAAGCUGUUUCUCACGCAACGUGCGGCUCCUGCGAAAACGGUCAGCGUGGACGAGAUGGUGAGCUGGCUCGACGGCAUGGGCACGUAUCCGCACGUGGACUCUGCCCCGGCGCACGAGGUGAGCGACGAGGACGCGUUGAAAGCACUGGACAGUCUGGACCUGGAGUCGUCGUACCAGCUGGAACGGUACGAGUUCUACCGCGAGCAGUACAAGCCGCAGGAAGAGGUGAAGAAGCCAAAGAUCGAGGAGGCCAAAUACACCGGGCUGACGUACCACGAGUACCAGCUGAAACUCGGACGGCUGAUCUACGACCGGUUUGAGGAGAUCACCGGUGUGGUUGACCGGCUCGCGUACCUGCUGCAGAACAUCCACGAGGACGACUCGUUGCGACAGAAGGACCUGGAGGACCGCGUGGUGGAGAUCGGAGACAAGUUCAACCGGCUUCAGACGGCCAAGACGACUGCUGCAAGCUUGGCCAAGCAGGCAGAUAAGAACAAGGACGACGACGUGCGGCUCGACGAGACCAGCCGUCAAAUACACGACAGACUCGAGGACUACAGAACACACUCCAAGCUGGGAGCUCUGGGCGACGAUAUCGACAAGAGACGGGCCAAAGUGGCCGAGUUGAAGGAGAAACUGGCGGCGCGGGAAACCAGCUACCGCCAGCUGGCAGAUACAAACGAGUUGUUGCGCACACAGUACCAGCAAAAGUCGUCAGGUGCGGCUGAAAUGUCUGCGCAACUGAUGGAGGUCAAAAAGACGGUCGAAUCGCUCGAAACAGAAAGUAAGGGCCAGUUCCGCGUGCUGCAACAGGCAGUAAUUGACGGGCAGAUCAGAUUCUACGAGCAAAGAACGCAGGCAUUACAGGUGCAAAAUACGUUCCUGGAAAAAUACGUCAAAUCUCUCGAUAACAUUGCCAAAGAAAAGGCCACUGUCGGCCGUGUUCGCGCAAGCCGCAUACAUACCUUUGAUCGCAGCCAGCUGCCGGUUCUGAUCAAUAGGCACCUCGAUCUGCUUGCCCCCAAUGCUGUUGCCCAUGGUCUUUGUCUGGCCAGCCAGCUUGGUCUCGAACCGGAUCUUGUUCAGGUGCUCGCCAAACCGUACAGUCACCUUGGUGAUCUGGUCGUCACGGGCAAGCUCCACCCGGUACGUGUCUUUCACGGGUUUCCAGAACCCAAAGAUAUAGGUGUCGCCAGAAUACGUGAUAAACUUGAUACUCUCGAUGUGUCUGUUGCAGUUGACUUCAAUGAACCGAAUGUUGCGCGGAACGCUAGUGUGGAUCGGCGAUCCAAAUUCCUUGCUGCCAAUAAACCUUGA